CCAACAACCUGUUAAAAUGUAACUGUUUGAAAAUGUCCAGUGAAGACAUGGUUGAAACACUGGACGUUUGUGCCGCGGUUUAAACAGGACACCUGCUGUUUUGUGCGUGAUUGUGCGCCAUGGACCAGGAGCUGAUGAAAAAGCAUUAAGAAAAGGAACGAGGCUCUGCCAUGGCAGCAGGUGUCAGUCUGCUGAGUGACAUGGCCUACUCAAGCAGCAGCAGUGCAGGAAGCAGUGCAGCGCACACCACUGACAUGGAACCAGAUUUCAGAACCAGUGUCAGGGUCCCCACAGCAAAGUACACCAAGGUGGGUGAGACACUGAGGCAUGUAAUCCCAGGCCACAUGCAGUGCUCCAUGGCAUGUGGAGGACGAGCUUGCAAGUAUGAAAAUCCAUCUCGGUGGAGUGAUAAAGAACAGGUCAUCAAAGGACUCUACUCCUCUUGGAUUACAGACAACUUAUUAGCCAUGGCAAGGCCUUCCACUGAGAUUAUUGAAAAAUACAACAUCAUCAACCAGUUCUUGGGAUGCGGAUUAAAGACCAUAAUUAACCUGCAGCACCCAGGAGAGCAUGCCAGCUGUGGCUAUCCCCUGGAGCCAGAGAGUGGAUUCACCUACCGCCCAGAGGUCUUCAUGGAGGCAGGGAUCUAUUUCUACAACUUUGGAUGGAAAGACUACGGGGUAGCCUCCCUUACAACAAUUUUAGACAUGGUGAAGGUCAUGUCUUUUGCUGUGCAAGAGGGGAAGAUGGCCAUUCACUGUCAUGCUGGUCUUGGAAGAACAGGUGUUCUCUUGGCCUGCUAUUUAGUUUUCACAUUUCGAAUGAGUGCAGACCAGGCCAUCUUGUUUGUGCGGGCAAAGCGUCCAAGCUCAAUACAGACACGCGGCCAGUUACUGUGUGUACGAGAGUUUGCACGCUUUGUAGCCCCGCUGCACUGCGUGUUCCCAAAUGUCGAACCAAGAGCACAUGCCGUCACACUGUCUCAGUACCUGGCACGUCAGCGACACCUGCUGCAUGGCUACGAGGCUCGACACAUGAAGCACGUGCCAAAGAUAGUCUACCUGGUCUGCAGGCUCCUGCUAGACAUUGCUGAGAACAGACACAUGGCAGAAGAAAGUUACCUGCCUCAGAUCCCUGACCUGUCUGCUGAGGUAGAAAAGACCAUAUCGCAGCAGGCCUUGCAGCAGCUAGGAAAAGAGAUGAGGGGGAAGGGCAUCCUUUUGAACAUGCCACACUCCUUGCAAUCCUCCACUCCCCCUCCUGAACAAUUUGACAAUGUAAACGAUGUUAAUAACAAAGCUCAGAUUUUGCGCAGCUUCAGCGACACUGCUCUACACACUCUGGACUCCAGGUCCAAGGAAUUUGGAUGGCACCCAGGUCUGUCAAACCUCUUGAGUGAGCACUGUGUAUCUCCGAGCAAGUUGGGAGAAUCUUCAGAUGAUCAGGUCUGCAGACCACUGUUGACUCCUGAAAACUGUAUCCCUUCCAAAUCUGACUCUCUAGUCGCUUCCUCAGCCUCCCUUGAUGAACCCAAGAAAGAGGAAGAACACUUACCUCCAUCACCAGUUUGCAGGAAGCGGGUACCAUUGAGAGAGACAAAGCGCAGCAGGUCAUUUGGAUUUUCAAGGAGCAGUGCAGCCAUAAUUCCCAGGCUGUUGAAAGAAGAAACAUUAAUCAAGGAUAAUAUAAAUCCUACGAUAUGUCAUGGAAUUUGUACAGGAAGCAGCAAUGUUUCUUUCCUCUUGCUCCAAACUGAGAUUUCUCCAGAGGUUCGCCAUGAGCUGGUGGCUAGGGCACUCAUGAUGGAUGUAGAAGAAGAGAAUCUAAGGAAUGCCAUUUCAAUGUGGCAGACAGAGUUAAAUUGCAAAGAAGGGGCGUGGGAGAGGCUUUGCAUAGAGUGCAAUCCACUGCUCCUGUCUGCUCUCAUGUGGUCGUGGUUGGAGCAGCUGAAGGAGCCAGUCAUCACUAAAGAGGGUGUGGAGGCACUUAUUCAGAACAGCCACAGUCCUUUGCAAGCCCUCAGCAUCAUGGACAAGGGCCACAGACAAACCCUUCUGUGUAUCCUGGACUGUGCUGCACAUUUAAUGAAAUUACCAGAAGAAGUUGAAAUGGCUGUUCUCUAUCGUACAAUCAAAGCAUUCACUAGGGUUACCAAUGAUUCAGAAAAUGGACAGCAGAUAUAUAAAUCUCUUAUGGAAAUUCUAGUUCCAGUUCUGAGUGAUAUGAGAAGAAAAGCGACAGAAUUAAUACAGAGCUGACUAUCUGUCACUAAUAAUAAUCACUCUAGUCAUUGUGGCUAUACACCUACUGCACUAAUACACUGCUAAAAAAAAAACUUAAGGAAACACUUAUAUCACAUAUUGAAGCUUUAUGAAUGAAAUAUUUAAGUAAAUCUUCAUUUAUUGGCGUUGUUUAAUUUAUUAAAACAAAAUGAUGUGACAGUGGUCAAUGGAACACAUGAAUUGAAAAUCCACCAACAAUGUAUGUUAAUAUAAAAAAUUAUAGGCUGGUCUAACUUUUAUUAAUUUCAUUAUGGAAAUUCAUAAUGUAAGUAUGUAGUGUUAUUUCCCCCACAUGACCGUAUGCACUCCUGACAACAUUUGGGCAUGAUCCUGAUGAGAUGAUAUCCUGGGGUGAGCUCCUUGACAGUCUAUGUUGCUACUUGGCAGCUUCAGAUACGCCAAUACAUUCAAUUUAGUUCUGUUCAGUUUUAUUUGUAUAGCGCUUUUAACAGUGGACAUUGUCCAGUUUCAGAGGUUCACAAUUGGAUUGAGGUUUGGGAAAUGUGAGGGCCAGUCAAUGGCAUAAAUGCCUUCAUCAUCCAGAAGCUGCCUGCAUACUCUGGCCACAAGAGGCCAGGCAUUGUUCUGUACUAGGAGGAAUCCAGGGCCCACUGCACCCAUGUAAGAUGUGACAGUGGCUGUGAGGAUUUUAUUCUGGUACCUAACAGCAGUGAGGGUACUAUUGGCUAGCACAUUGAGGUCUGUGUGACACUACAGGAUUGUGAUGAUUUAAGUGUUCUCUUAAUUUUUUGAACAGUUUAUUUUUAAAGAAAGUAUGUUAUGUUUAUCUACGAACAGCUGGUUUCGGCAAGCUUGAUAUUCUUAAAUGGUGCUUUGUUGUCUUUAUUUUUUUUUUACUAAUUUAAUGUCUCAUAACGCACACAUCAGAUUUGAUGAUUUUUCUUUUUAAAUACUGCCAUAUUUAUGUAUGUGCCACAUGUACAUUGUUGUCAUUGUUUUUCCACUAUGGUUGAGCAUUUUUGCUCUAUUUAUUUUCGAACUAAUAGCACUAUUUAUUAGGAAAUAUGUAAAUGUUAAGGUAGGAAUAUUGUUUCUCAUGCUCACUCUGUGUUGUAAUAUUGUUUGCUUGUUUUAUUAUGUACCUCCACAUUUUAACAUAAAAACCAAAUACACUGACUGUGCAACAUAUUUUAUUGCAUAUUUGUAUAUGUAUAGUUAAGCAAUUUUGUUAGUACAAAACGAAGAAAACAAAGACCAAUUCAAGGUUUGCGCUGUUAGAUGUGGCAACUUGUAGCAAAUGUAAGGUGUUUAAUUAAUGCAAUUCCAGAUACACUGUAUUACCAAAAGUAUGUAUAAACCUGACCAUCACACUUAAGAUCUUGUUAGACAACCUUGCAGCCAAACCAAUAUGUAUAUAUUAAUCUGAAUUAAUAUGAACCAUAGAUUUGUUCCCCUUUCAGUCAAAAUGGCACUUGUGCAUGCUAAUACUGCGUUUGGAAAAGGACUUGCUCACAAAUUCAGUUAAUUUCAAAGUUAAUCAGAGGAGUAGUGUUAAUGGCUACUGGAUUUCAUCCACAACUCAUUCAGGCACAGGUAUGCUGAAAUAGAAAGAGCUUUUUCCAGUCUAUUGAUACAAUGUUGGAGGAAUACAAUUAUACAAUAUACUGUACCUCCUGUAUCAAAAAAUUAGCUAUUGCCACAAUGCAUUUGUUAGGUAGGGUUCUCUUGUCAUCUCUCAAGGCCAGUCUUAGAACAGACUGCUGGAUAAUGAUGCAUAACUCAUAAUUAUACAGAUCAGGUCUCUAAUACUGCAGAUUCUAGUGGCAGUGUGCUUUACACCACUCGAGGUAAAGGCCUGUUUUAGUAAUUUUUGUACUGUCUUGUGAUGUUUGCGAAUAUGCAUUUCAUACAGUCCUGUGUAGUCUUUGUUUAGUAUUUUGGUAGUCUCAUAUAGUUUUGUGCUGGUUUAUUUAGCUUCAUGGUUCUAGAAUAAUUUAUUUUUCACUGUGUACUGUAUAUGGUCGAAAUGACAAUAAGGCCACUUGAUGUUACUUAGCUUGGCAUUUUGCAUUCUGAGCUUAGGUGUGUGCAGCUUCUUGGUCAUAGAAACAUUUUAUGUAGUUCCUGAUGCACAGUUUUUGUGUUGAUGUUGCUUGCAGAGGCAGUUCGAACUCUGAUAAAACAACGUAUACAACACUCUGUCCCCCUGCUUUAUUAGUGCACAUAGUUUCCCACUUUGUGGUUCAGCUAGUGUUGCUCCUUUACAGAUUUCUUUCACUAAUAGCCCUUACAGUUGAUCUGGGAAGAUCUAGCAGAAAAUAAAUUAAACAAACUAGCAAAGGUGGCACCAUAUGACAAGGCCAUGUGUUAACACAUUUAGCUUUUCAGUAUGACCUAUACUAAAGCCAACAUUAACCAAGCAACCUUAGUAGCCAAAGUGUUUAAUUUUAUGCACUUUUUGGAAGUGGUGUCAGUAAUUAGGGGGAUUUUUCACAUACUUUUGGUUAUACUGUAUAUUUCAGCAUUGCCUUCACAACACAACUGACAUAACAUGGUAUUUAAAAAUGUUUGUAUGUUGUUACCGAACUGCCCUGCCUGUGUCCAAGCUUUUGCAGAAUGUCCUCUGCCUCAGUUUAAUGGCAUUAAUUUUCUACUAAGCUGCUGUUUUGUAAAUGGUCGAUUUUGUCUGUUGACAAAAAGCACUGUAGGUAACUAGAGUUUAAACUUCAACCUCAUUCCCUUACUGAAUGUAUAUGAAUUUGUAAGUGAAUAUUAACCUGAACUAGUGGGAAACUGUAAAAUGCAUCUGAUUUCAGAUGUCUACAUUACAGAAUAUUAAGGAUUUGAAAGCACUUAUUGUUCUUAUCUGCAUACCAAUAAAAUAACUUGAAUAAAA